AUGCUGGAGGAGGCAGAGAGCGAGCCCGAGGAGGAGGGAGAAGAGGUUAAGUACUCUGUGAUACACUUGGUCUUUGGCCAUCCUGCGGAGGUUACCAAGGGCGUCGAAGCUCUCCUCGGCAUCACGACUCAGGAACGCAUCAGUGGAGAGGAGAAGGGGUUGGAUGCCAUUUGGGAGGAAGUGAAGAAGGCUGGCACAGAGAAAGAUUGCGCCAACCUCCAGUACAUUCUCCACGCCGUCGCGCAGGAGGAGUCGAGCCUUCCGCCCCACGUGGUCGAGGACUACAAGAACGGCUGCUACCACGGAGGGCGACUCGCGGAAGGCGACUACGAUUUUGGCCACGCGGGCAUGACCUUCCAGUCGUUCAUGGAGAGAGAGGAGGCCAAGCUAGCGGGCCUCAACGAGCCAGAACUGUGCUCGAUUCGUCUUUAUACGACGAGCUCGUUCCCGCUCUUCAACAGACCCUUGCGCCAGGGUGUCAAGCCGCACCCGAUGGCGAUCACCGUCACGGUUGCGGAUUUUCUGAUCAAUGGCAUCAAAAAACUUCGGGCGGUCGCCGCGAGUAAGCCUGGUUUCCAGGACGAGAAGCGGCUUUACCGGGGCAUGAAGAAUGCGGACUUGGACCUAGUGAAGUUCAAGGCCGAAGGCGGUGCUGAGUUCGCAGCCAUGUCGACGACUCCCACACUGGAGGUGGCACACAGCUACUCAAGGAGCAAUCGGCCGCUGCUCUUCAUGUUCCUUGCAAAGGGACUGUCCAAAGGAGUGGAGAUUUCAUGGUGCAGCGUUUACCCAAAAGAAGAUGAGGUGCUGUACCCACCUGGCACCUUCUUGCGCUACGUCAGGGACAAGAAGGACCCAGAGGGCACCAAGAUCAUCCAGAUCGAGCCGCAGAUUCCUUGA